AUGUGCGGGAUUUGGGCUCUGUUUGGCAGCGAUGAGUGUCUGUCUGUGCAGUGUCUUAGUGCCAUGAAAAUUGCGCACAGGGGACCAGAUGCUUUUCGUUUUGAAAAUGUAAACGGUUUCACCAACUGCUGUUUUGGCUUCCACCGACUGGCUAUCGUAGAUCAACUGUACGGCAUGCAGCCUCUCCGCGUGAAGAAAUUCCCUUAUCUGUGGCUCUGUUACAAUGGGGAAAUAUACAACUACAAACAGCUGGAAAAACAUUUUGGAUUCGAGUAUCAGACCCUGGUGGACGGAGAGGUAAUUCUCCAUCUUUACAAUAACCAAGGAAUCGAACAAACUGCUGCCUUAUUGGAUGGAGUCUUUGCGUUUAUCCUGCUGGAUACAGCCAAUAGGAAGGUCUAUCUGGGUCGGGACUCCUAUGGUAUUAGACCGCUCUUCAAACUUCUCACCGAUGAUGGCUUUCUGGGAGUUUGCUCUGAGGCUAAAGGUCUUAUUAACUUGAAGCAUUCUAUGACCUCAUGCCCAAAAGUAGACCCAUUCCCUCCUGGUCACUGCGAAGUCUUUGAUUUAAAAGCCAGCGGGAAGGUUGCCUCGGUUGAAUUGAUAAAGUUCCGCAAUUUCAAGGAUGAGCCUCAGCACGCAGCCUGCGAUACGCUGGGGAAACUACAAGCAGGAAUGGACCGAGAGACAGUGAAGAGAAACAUCUGUCUUUUGUUUGAAAAUGCAGUCAGGAAGCGUUUAAUGGCGCACAGAAGAAUCGGAUGCCUUUUAUCAGGCGGACUGGACUCCAGUUUGGUUGGUUGCAGCCCACUCUGCUCAAACUAAUGAAGGAACGCAAUUUGCCGUAUCCUCUGCAAACCUUUGCUAUCGGCAUGGAGGAAAGUCCUGACAUAAAGGCUGCCAGGAAGGUGGCCAACCACAUAGGAAGUGAGCACCACGAGGUCAUGUUUGAUGCAGAAGAGGGGAUCCAAGCAGUGGAUGAGGUCAUCUUCUCUCUGGAGACCUAUGACAUCACAACAGUACGAGCCUCCGUCGGAAUGUAUCUGGUUUCCAAGUAUAUUCGGAAGAAGACGGACAGCGUGGUUAUAUUUUCUGGCGAAGGCUCUGAUGAGCUCACCCAGGGGUACAUCUACUUCCACAAGGCACCAUCUUCAGAAGAGGCAGCAGAAGACAGCGAGCGCCUGCUACGGGAACUCUACAUGUUCGAUGUGCUGCGUGCUGACCGGACAACAGCUGCCCAUGGGCUAGAACUCAGAGUGCCUUUCCUGGAUCAUCGAUUCACAGCUUACUAUCUGUCUCUGCCUCCUGAACUACGAAUUCCUAAGAAUGGAAUAGAAAAAUACCUUCUGAGGGAAGCCUUCGAGAACUCUGAUCUCCUCCCUAAAGACAUUCUGUGGCGGCCAAAAGAAGCAUUCAGCGACGGAAUGACAUCCAUCAAGAAGUCCUGGUUUAAAAUCCUGCAGGACCACAUAGAACAGCAGGUCGAUGACAUUAUGAUGGAAAAGGCUGCUGAAAAAUAUCUUUUUAAUCCACCCAAGACAAAAGAGGGCUACUUCUACCGGCAGACCUUCGAAAAGUACUACCCGGGGCGUGCCGACUGGCUGGCCCAUUACUGGAUGCCUCGUUGGAUUCAUGCCACGGACCCCUCCGCCCGCACUCUCACGCAUUACAAGUCAGAUAUCAAUGCCUAA